GAAAAACUUAUUCUUAUACAAUGUAAGAAUGUAGAAACUCCUGUAAAUGUUCAUAUUGUAAGAGUUUUUGAGUCAGCACUUUCAAGAUUUUCAUCAGAUUCUCUAGGACUUAUUGUAUACAAUAGCAAAAAAUUAGAUGAAAAUUUCGCUACUCCUAAAGCUAAAAAUUGGGCUACCACAACGUCCAAAAAAAAUAUCAAAAUCUGUAACGAAAAAGAGUUUGUUGAAAUCAUCAAGAAUUUUUUUGAAAACGAUAAUGACAAUAAUAUCGAAUUGAUAAAUUAUACCACAGAUAGUUUUGAUUUAAUUAAUUUGGUCGGAAAAAAUGUUUCUAUCGGAACUAUCGGUGUUGGCAAGACAACUUGUGCUGAAUUAUUAGAAACUUUUCUUAUAAGAAAAGGAUUUACUGUAAAACGUUACAAAGAACUUUCGUUACAAGUUACUGAAGAAUUUCACAUAUUCAAUAAAGACAAACAAAAGAAUCUUCUCUUUUUCCAAUAUUCUUUGUUGAAUAAUUUUAAUUACAUUAUUCUUGAUCGUACUCAGAAGGAUAUGAAGAUAUUUAACAAAUUUCUCCAAGAUCCGGUAGAAAAAGAAUAUAUCGAUCGAAAAAUUGAUUCAAUCGAAUUACUUGACUUUUAUAAAGUUGUUUAUGUGACUGCUCCAAUCGAAAUGUCUAUUGAACGACAGCAAACGAGAGCUCGUUUUGGUGAAUUGGUUGAUAGGGAGUAUUUAGAAACGAUUAAUAAUUAUUAUCUUGAAGAUAUUGAUUUGGUGUAUCCUGAGAAUUUAAAAUUUGAAAAUACU